AGUCACUGUUCGCUGGCCUGCUACGACUGCUGCUUUUAGCACCUGGAGUCAGUCGAGCAAUCGGGAGACUUCCGCUACAGUCCCGUAAUAAUAAUGGAAAAUGUGACGACCCCCAUUUCUGAGACCGAAUCAAAAAAGUCAUGUUUUGAGAGCACCAGGAUAAAUGUAACGGUUCUCUGAGAAAGAUGAAGUCUUGGGGAGAGAGCUGCUUUUUCCGUCGAUAUAUUGUGUCCUACUUGAUUGAUUGACUCUAAAACACGGAUUACCUUCUCACUGAGUGUUGGAUAGCAUCUUGGCUUGUCCCAGCACGAUGACUCCUCUGGAGGAUCGAAGCUUUCAUGAAAAUGACAUCAACCCCCUCGAUUAUUUCGAUGAAGACGCUAUAUAUAAUGAUGGCAAUAUUGAUGAUUCGAAGCCAAGUCAUAGCGGCGUUACCGUUGUAGACCUUUAUAAACGAAAAAACGAAGACGGCGCCGUCAAAAGCUAUUGCAUCGAGGGCGACGGCUCUGGUUCAAUCGUCUAUGCUAAGGAAAAGUCUAACUACUCCCUGACGGUCGAACGUCUUGUGUGGGUGGAUGGUUACAACAUAGCCACUGAGAAGAGGGCGAUGACGCUUGUGGUGUUGAAGUUGGCAUUCCAGACAAGCAGAAGCGGGAUCGAUCGUAAGAUCAGUUUUGCUGAGGCAGAACUGAGGUUUCAAUCCGACGAGAAAAAUUCCCCAGGCCCAGAGGUCGUGGCCUGGGGUCCAUUCCGCCGCCCGCAGACGUGGAAUGCCUCAAUAGCGGAGGUCAAGACCAGUUCUACAGCCGACUUGACGAUUGAGGCAGGGUGGGCCGGGCAAGGGGUCUCAGGGGGAGUGGGGCGAGGAACGGAGAGGUCGUUGAACCAGAUCGGCUAUGACAAGGGCACGUCGAUCGCGCUAUUCAGUCGGUCCCAGAAAAAGAAUGGUGUGCGGUGGACGCUGCAGGAGAACGUGAUACAUCAGGAAGGCAUCACGCCCGAGAUACGCGUGGCUGUUCUCGUCUCAAGGAACAGCUUGUCACAACCGUACAGGGCAACAUUCCGUCUUGGGGUGCAUACUAGCACUGCACAUGCAUGGGCGGACAAAGGUCGGACCUUCUUAGGUAUUCCCAGAGAAAGGGAGGUUCGAUGGCGCGUGCCGGAACCAGGCAGCAGCGAUGGCUACUAUGGCGAGGGUUUUGACAUUGCCGGAUCUAUUGACCCCGAUAAUCUUAUGAGACUGGUUGACCCCAAUGACAGAAGUAUUCUGAACGCUCGCUGGCUGAAUCCAUGGGAUCGCUUCGAGAUUCCCAAGCCAGAGGCCAUAUUGGAGCACCAAUCAAACGCAGAAGAAGCUGUCUGUGAGGCUACAAACGAAAAUCUAGUCGAUCACCCCCCGGAAUUGCCACGACCAGACGUUGUACCACCUAUCACUGCGACCCAUCCAGGUGCAGGCCUGGCCGUGCCCUCGUCUAGCUUGAGCGAUGAAGGCUAUAAUAGGCUCGUUUCGCUAGAAGCGCGGGCCGCAUCAACUGAAGCGCGACUUGCAGCCCAGGAAGCCCUCAUCGUCAAGCUGCAGCGAGACCUGACCGGGAUGCAACAGGCCCUUUCUGUGAGUUGGGCUUCAAGGGGAUUAGGCUCAGCGAGUGCUAUUCAUGUCGGUCUGUUAGCAGUGGUGGUGUGGGCUAAAAGUUGGAUCACCAGGUGGCCUCGUGCCGAAGUGACAGCCAAGACUACCAAGACCCUAUCGGAUGAGGUUGCGGGACAACAAGCUCUUCAGAAUGAAUGCAGUGACGGGGAUCCUCGUAUAGGUACUACCUAUGUAGAAUAAAUGCCUGGAUAGCUAAGCCUCGUGAUAGCCGGAGGACUUCAGGCACGAACACAAGAGAGAGAAAAAUCA